CUGCACCCGCCGCCACAGCCGUUUCGCACCCAGCCGUGUUUACAAAUACACCCGAGGAACACAGCUCGUCAGUCGAAAUCUGCGACGCGGGCAAAGUGAGUCCGCUGACGACGCAGUAACACCCAUUAUCUUCGCAUCAAACUCUCUCAGCCCUAUCGCAACAGCCGAAACGCAGUUCCCAGGCAUCUCAGCUUGGUCCAGCCAGUGUGGAUGCUGUGCCCCUGAUGAGCCUGCAAUCCGCCCACGAAUCUUCACCUGGGAAUCGCUCACUGCAUGGGUCGCCGAGAACGAAUGCCGCCGAGUCAGGCCAGGUGACCAUCGAGCUUUGGGAUCAGAGUCCCGCGGGCGCUCGCAGACACUUUGGGACGCCCAGCCGACGGGAAUGUGAUCCUGGUGACACACAGGAUGCCGCGAGUUCCACCGGCUCAAUGACAGUCGUGGACAGCAACGGCCACUGCGGGCAGCAGACGCCGGUGUUGCAUCCUCCCGCGACCGCCGUCAUCGACCUCAAGACGGUUCACUUUUGCAUGGACUCGAUGGAGGGCCAGCGCAACCGCGCCAUCCAGGCCGUGCCGCCCGAGUUCCGCCUGCGCUUCAUGCCCAAGCUGCGUUGGACCAAACGGUGCAGUGCGAGAAAUGUGGUUGCCAACGUGUUCCGCAUGUUCGCCUCGCUGGCGGGCAUGGCCAUAUUUCUCAUUGUGUGGACGUUGUUCGGUGCGUGGUCGUUCCACGUGACCGAGGGCCCUCGAGAGGCUGCCCUCGGGCUGGAGGUGCGGCUGAUGCAGGGGAGCUUGAGCUCAGCGCUCACCGACCUGUUGCACCAGCCAAACCAGCAGCACGCAUGGAGGACCAUCGAGGACGCAUUGCAGCGUCACGAAGUGAGCGUCGCCGACGCAAUCAACGCCGGCUACGCCAGUGGAGGUGUCAUCUGGAAUUAUGCAGGGUCUCUUCUUUUUGCAGUCAAUAUGCUCACAACCGUCGGUUUUGGUGCUCCUGUUCCGCGGACAGUGGUGGGAAGGUCGGCCGUGUUGAUCUACUCGGCUGUAGCCAUCCCCCUUCACCUGCUCUGGGUGAUCAACUUUGGCGCGUUGGUGGCCGAAAGUCUGCAGAGAGUGCUGGUGCGGCGGCGUUCGUCUCAACCCAGCGACGCCGUGGAGAAUCCAGCCUGGUUCGCCUGGCUGCCGGUGGUCGCGAUCGUUUCGCAUUACGUCUUUGGAAUCAUACUGUUCGGCGGGGUGGUGCUCUUCCCCUUACUUUUCACCACCGCCGGCGGCGUGGGCCAGCGCAGCUCCGUCGAGAGGGCUGUUUACGCAGUUUACCUCGAGUGCGCAGUUAUCAUAGCAGGAAUUUCGAUCAACGUGUGGAGAAUAUCAGCGUCCUCGGGAUUUCUCACUUUUGGUCUCCGACAUAAUCUUUUAGCCAGAACUAAAUAUUAAAUCAUUCAAAGGUUUCGUAUGUAAAAAAGAGUAAAAUGACUAUGUGAUUUUAGACAUGCAUGUGGCUCGUGAGAAAUAUGAAGCACAUAUUAGUGUAAUUUUAAAACAAACCUGAAAAUGUGUAUAUCGAGAGCAAGCUAUAAAUAAAAUAUUAUAAUGCCUGUUAUUACCAGUGUGCCAGCACAAUAAAAUAUAAAUUUGUUACUUGAUAACUAGACUG